UCCAAAUUCUAAAUAUUAAAUUUGAGUUAGUUAUACUUAUAUGUUUAUUUUGUGUGUGUUUAGAUUACUGUGAAUUUGUAUGUAAAUGAAUAACAUGUAGAGUAAGCAUGAAAAGUGCAAAGAAGAAUUUGAAGAGGAAUAUAAUGCAAGUAUUGUCCCUCAGAGUUUCUAAUCUCAUCGAGAUAAUACUUGUAAAUAACUUCUAUGGAAUUUAUUCUCUUAGCUUCCAUUUUGUAAAUAUUUGCAUUUCACAUCUAUGAAGUUAAAUAUUAGCUGUUUUUGUUUCAUAAACUAUACUUUUUUAUUUCGAGGUUUAAUUGUUUUCAUUUUUUGAGAUUAAGUGCUAGUUGUUUUCAUUUUACAAACAAUAGUUUCUAUUUUGAUAUUAAAUUGUUUUUUAUUUUAUAUAUAUGAGGUUAAAUACUAAUUGUUUUGCAUUUCGAGGUUAAAUUAUUUCCAUUAUUAAUGUGAAUUUUUUUUAUUUUUUAUGAUAUUAUUUUCAUUUUCAAUAUGAAUUGUUUACAUUUUUCAUGAUAUUUAUUUUUAUUUUGAAUUAUUUUUAUUUUUAUUUCACAUAUAUAUAAUAUAUGAGUUAGCUACUGUUUUUUUUUUAUAAGAAAAACUUAAUUGAUUUAUCUUAAAUAAUGGAAGAUAUUAGAGAUAUAUUUUCAAACUCUUAUUUAGACACACAACAAAGCCACUUGGAGACAAGUGUGCAAAAAAACUUCUAAUACCUAAUGUUAAAUAGAGAGAGGUAACACAAUAAUAUACAUUUGUAUAUUCUAGCUACAAUAGUUUCUUAGUCUAAAAACUAUUGUAGUAAAUAGGGUCUAGUUAAGGAGGAAAACUCGGAAUUAUAGUUGAGGUAAAAAUUAUAGUUUCUUAGUCUAACAUAACAUUUUCUUAUUUCAACAUUAGUUUUACUUUUAAGGACGAGAUGACAAUUCACCUUAAAAUACUAAUACUAAAUAAAUCAAAAUUAAUAAGUCAAACAAGAUACAACAAUUAGAAAAUUGUUAUUUAUUGACCAUUAGUAAGACCGUACAAUAAUUACAGAUAAGCGUACCCCAAAGAUAGAAGUGGUUGUUAGAAAUGUAUGGUAAAAGUUGUAAAUGUUUAUAUAAUGUACAUAUAUAUACGUGAUCAUUUCAUUCCAGGUUAAUUAUCCAAUAUGAAAGUAUUAUGCCUUAUUUAUACAAAAACAAAAGUUCUCCUUCUCUUUCACAGAAAGAUAUUUUCUUCUAUUUAUCCCACAGAAGAAACCAUCUAAAAUUUACGCAUUUUGUAUAACUCGUUAAACACUUUAAUCAUAGUUUAUUUUUUUAAAAAAAAAAAAAAAAUCUUCUAUUUUCAUACAUAAAACUAUGUAUAAUAAAUGUAUCAUGUAUUGUUACAAACAUAUAUAUGUAGUUACCUAACUCUGCAUGAAGUUUUAUUCUUGAAAAUAUGUUGUACAGGUGAAGUUUUUCUGUAGAGAGCUAGGAAAGUUGGACAACUGUGAUAUAUUUUUUUUUUUUUUGUUAUUUAUAUUUUUUAUUUUUAUUUUUCAUUAUUUCUUUUCAAACAAAAUGAAAAUUGCUUCACCCAGCACCAAAAAGUUUGUCUCCAAUUUUCAGCCUUUAACCUUGAUCAAGCAAGGAAAGCAUAUUAUUGCUCAGCCAAAGAACAUUUACAACAAAAUGCCAUGGAGGGCACCCAUUAAUUACCAUAAAAAUAGUACUAGCACUACCACUAUCGCUUCUUCUUCAUCAUUUAAUGAAGAGGAGAUGUUGAGGCCUUCAGACUCUGUCGAUGGAGAAGAAUCGUUGCUCGCUGGAAAACUAUCUGACGGGGGACUUCCAGGCUCAGAGAGCACAGAAGUUCCGAAAGGGUAUGUAGCAGUCUACGUGGGGCCCGAGCUGAGGAGGUUUUUGAUUCCCACGAGCUGCUUGUCAAUGCCAGAUUUUAGGGGUUUGAUGGAUAAAACUGCUGAGGAGUAUGGUUUCGAGCAAGAGGGUGCAAUAGAGAUCCCUUGUGAUGAACAAGAUUUCCAAAAAAUUUUGUGCAGAUGUCUGUCUUCUAAGGAUAAGAAAAAAAAAAAUGACCUAAAGGCUUGAGGGCAACCAAUAACCUCAAUCAAUCUUACUAAGUAAUGCGCUCAAUUUGAACCCCACGGUUUGUUUUUCACUACUAAUACUCCUCAUUUGCGUGUUUCAACAGAGUAUGGACUUGCUUGUAGAAUGAUUGUAAGAAUAUGUAUGUAUAUAUAUUAACUGUAAUGUACCGUUUGUUUUUAAAUUAAGAGUUCAUCUUGAAGCUCAAGUGAGCAUAUUAAAAUUUAAGAGUGUACAUCGGUCGGUGUGGUUGGGUUAUAGUGUAUUUUUACCAACCCAAUAUAAAUGUCGGGUUGUAAAUAUCUAAUUGUAAUCUGUCCAAUGAAAAAAUGAAAAAUAAAAGUGUAACCCGUCCAAUGAUUUUUGUCGGUUUGAUCGGGUUAACUUGUUUAAACCGA